UUUUAAUCUCUUAUACUUUUAACUCUCAAUUCAUUCUCAGGACUUUUGCCUUACUUUUCUAUAGAGGGUGAGAGUUGAACCCCACACCUCAGUCUCCCCACCCCCAAGCCUUGAGAAAGUGGGGAAUCAAGCUACCUAUAUCCCUCUUGGGUGACCACUAUAGCAAUCCCCAGUGAUUCAUAAACAGUCACUGAGAAACAUUCACAGAGAAGCAAAAAGAUGGGAUUUGAGAAGAAAGAUCUGGAUGUGGUGCUGGUUCCGGGUGGCUUGCUCAUCAUGUUGGUGUACCAUCUCCAACUCCUCUACAGAUACCUCCACAAGCCUCACACCACUUGCAUGGGGUUUGAGAACUUCAACAAGCGCUUCUGGGUUCAGGCCAUCAUGCAGGGUGAGAAGGGUAAUAUUGGCACGUGCCUUGGGGUGAUCUCCUCCAACAGAUCAGCAGCGACUUUCCUGGCCUCCGUCUCACUCACCCUCUGCUCCCUGAUCGGUGCCUGGAUCAGCAACAACAACUUUUUCUUUGAGAGCAACCUCGUCUAUGGUGAUACCCGGACCAGCACCCUCUCCAUCAAGUACGUCGUCCUCCUCAUCUGCUUCCUUCUGGCCUUCUCAUGCUUCAUCCAGUCUACCCAGCACUUCGUCCACGCCAAUUACCUGAUCAGCAUGCCAAGCCCAAGCAUUCCUCUGAAGAACGUUGAGGUGGCCGUUAUCCGAGGCAGUGAUUUCUGGUCUGUUGGGCUCAGGGCACUGUACUUCGCUCUGAACUUGCUUCUCUGGUUCUUCGGACCAAUACCCAUGUUUGUUUGCUCCAUUUUCAUGGUCUUGUUCUUGUACUACCUUGACUCAAACACGAUGCCAUUGAUUGAGCACGAGUUUGAUGGGAGGCAAGUGGUGAGGAAGGUGGAGCAAAGUGUGUCUGAGAUGGCAAUGGCCAUUCGCAUGCCUUCCCAUCAGAAUUGACCAGGCCUGAUUUGUUUGUGUACAUCUAGGAAUAAAAGGAUAGGGCUUGAUUUUUCUUGACGGAUAUAGGCAAUUAUAAAUUGUAUUAUAGUAAUAAAAUAAAGAAAAUAAGUAUGGAAAGGUACUUCAUAGUUUACCCUAUUAGCUGUUAAUUUCUCUAUCAGCCCUGUUCUCUGGAAGUUUAUGUUGGAAUGAACUCAACAUUGAUAGAA